UAAACACAAAUACGGAAGAAGCUGUACAGGACAAGUGCGUCUGUCUAUCACACACGUGUUUCCACUGCAGUAAGGAAAGGGGAGACUGAUGCUUCGUAAACAGAAGUACAUUUAGUAAAUGUCCACAUCAGUCAGUUACUGAGACUAAACGCAAACGUCUUUCUCUUUAGCAGUUAGUCUUCAUAUACCACUAUGAAGUACAUCCUGGUUACUGGUGGAGUCAUAUCUGGCAUUGGGAAGGGGAUCAUUGCCAGCAGCGUGGGAACAAUCCUGAAGUCCUGCGGCCUUCACGUCACAGCCAUCAAAAUAGAUCCAUAUAUCAAUAUUGAUGCUGGCACCUUUUCACCCUAUGAACAUGGGGAAGUUUUUGUUCUCGACGAUGGCGGGGAGGUGGAUCUGGACUUGGGGAACUAUGAGCGUUUCCUGGACAUCCGUCUUACCAGAGACAACAACCUCACCACUGGGAAGAUCUACCAGUCUGUCAUCAACAAGGAGAGGAGGGGAGACUACCUGGGCAAGACUGUACAAGUGGUGCCCCACAUCACAGAUGCCAUCCAGCAGUGGGUGAUGACGCAGGCCAGGGUCUCAGUGGAUGAAGAUGGUGUGGAGCCAGAAGUUUGUGUCAUAGAGCUGGGGGGCACGGUGGGGGACAUCGAGAGCAUGCCCUUCAUCGAGGCCUUCAGACAGUUCCAGUUCAAGGUGAAGAGGGAGAACUUCUGCAACCUCCACGUCAGCCUGAUACCACAGCCCAAAGCCACAGGAGAGCAGAAAACCAAACCGACCCAAAACAGUGUCCGAGAGCUCCGAGGGCUCGGCUUGUCUCCAGAUUUGAUUAUGUGCCGCUGUUCUACACCCCUCGAAACGUCUGUGAAGGAGAAGAUCUCCAUGUUUUGUCACGUGGAGCCCUCGCAGGUGAUCUGUGUCCAUGACGUCUCCUCGGUCUACAAAGUGCCGCUGCUGCUGGAGGACCAAGGUGUUAUGAGCUACUUCUGUCAGCGGCUGAGCCUGCCCAUCGAGGUGAGGCCCAGGAGGAUGCUCACCAAGUGGAAGGACAUGGCUGACAGAUCUGCACAUCUCGUGGCGCAUGUCUCCAUAGCCCUGGUGGGGAAAUAUACAAAGUUAGCCGACUCGUACACCUCCGUUAUCAAGGCCCUGGAGCACUCGGCCCUCGCCAUUAAUCACAAACUAGAGGUCAAGUACAUAGACUCUGCAGACCUGGAGUCUACCACUCUGCAAGAUGAGCCUGUGAAGUAUCAUGAGGCCUGGCAAAAACUGUGCAGCUCUCAUGGUGUGUUGGUACCAGGAGGUUUUGGUGUGCGAGGGACCGAAGGAAAGAUCCAAGCGAUCAGCUGGGCGAGGAAACAGAACAAGCCGUUCCUGGGAGUGUGUUUGGGCAUGCAGCUGUCGGUGUGCGAGUUCGCUCGCAAUGUUCUCGGCUGGGAAGACGCCAACUCCACAGAGUUUAAUCCAGACUCCAGUCACCCUGUGGUGAUUGACAUGCCGGAGCACAACCCCGGGCAGAUGGGAGGGACUAUGAGGUUGGGGAAGAGGCGGACUGUCUUCAAAUCCACCAGCAGUAUAAUGAGAAAGCUGUACGGAGAUGUGGAAUAUGUUGACGAGAGGCACAGGCACAGAUUUGAGGUGAACCCUGAGCUGAAACACCACUUUGAAAAGAAGGGUCUUCAGUUUGUGGGGCAGGAUGUGGAAGGAGAGAGAAUGGAGGUCAUUGAAUUGGAGGAUCAUUGUUACUUUGUCGGAGUGCAGUUCCAUCCAGAGUUCACCUCGAGGCCCAUGAAACCUUCUCCUCCGUACUUCGGUCUCCUGCUGGCUGCUGCAGGGAAGCUCCCGAGCUACCUGGCCAAGGGCUGUCGUCUGUCUCCGCGGGACACUUACAGUAGCAGCAGCUCUCCUGAAGCGGACUUCGCCGAGCUGAAGUUCCCCUCUCUGUCCUGAAACUAAAGCGUGAUGCUGCAAAACCAUUUUUACAUUUUGGUGGAUACGAUAUGUUACAAUCAGUCAUUUAUACCUUUUACUGAAUGCAUUAAGUGUUGAUUGUAUAAAGGGACGUCUCGUUGGUUCGAUGAGCAGAAGCCAGAGUGACGUGUUUAUAGGGAAUACUUGUACAGAACGCUGUUGUGAAGCAUGAAAGGUGAAACGUUUAUGUACAGUUUUACAAUUUUUGGAACUGCUUUGGGCAAACUUGUGAUGAGGUGCAUCGUGUGGUGCAGUUAGUUAUAGAGACCUGUGGCUGUGAAUGAGCAGAUAAGUGCAGCAGUGACAAAGAGUCCGGCUCGCUGCCGUCAGGCUUCCUCCUGGAGCGUCCGUCCUGCAGAUCAAGUCAGGCCAAUUUAGGGAAACACUCGUAAGAAACAUAAAUUCGUACGGUUGUUUUUGGGAACUUGUUUUGUUAAUAUUGUGCCUGUGACUCAGGACGCCGAGACGUAACUGAUACAUUUACCUUUUUUUGAAAAACAUUUGUUAUUGUCUCUUUCACUUUUGUUUGAUGUAUUAAUGUAUUUCUUCUUUUACCAGCUUACAUAUCAUAACUCAUUCAGGGUUACGACGUACACGAGUGAGUACCGAGUAUUGAGAUUAAACUGCACCACAGAGGUGCGCUCUGGUGAGCGGGGGGUUUAUAUGUAAAGUGUAAUAAGGAUUUGAUGUCUUCAUGAACGGUAUACAUUGUGCACUUUGUGGUGUUAUUUAAGUUUGCACACCUUUUUAAACCUGAACUCAACACUUCUGCUUGCAUUACUUUCAUGUUUGAGACCUUUUGCCUGCUGAACUCAUUACCUUUUAUAUCUCACCAAGAGAUCCUAAAAUAAAACCUACUGCUGCAGUUAUCAGGCCAACUUCAAGUUGCUCUUAAGUCAACAAUAUUAACUGAAAAAGAAAAGUGGUGUCUUCAAAGUGAAAGAAAACCCCGAGGAUCUGAUCUCAAACCCUCCACAGCAGCAGACGAUGCGCAUCGAGCGCGUCGCAUGGUCACGUGUUGCGUCUCGUCCAGUGCAGUGACCCUGCACACGUUGUUCCAAAUACUUUCUGUCCGUGACUCAAACAUAUGAAACACUGUAUUUUUAUAUACUUAUGAAGCUCAGAUGCAUGUGUAAUGCCAUGUGUGUGUUGAUUCUAAAUAAAUGUAGUUGUAUUCCUCUUGACA